AUGUCUAUUACAAACAUUUAUGCUCGUACAGUUUAUGAUUCCCGUGGAAAUCCAACUGUCGAAGUUGAUAUCUCCACUAACAAAGGUUCUUUCAGGGCAAUCGUUCCAUCAGGCGCAUCUACAGGGUCCUUAGAGGCAUUGGAGUUAAGAGAUGGAGAUCAAUCCAAAUGGCUAGGAAAAGGGGUUACACGGGCUGUUAAUAAUGUCAAUAAAAUAAUUGGACCUGCUUUGAUUAAAGCUGGUUUAGAUGUUACGGACCAGAAUGCAAUUGACAAAUUGAUGAUUGAUUUGGAUGGUACCAAAAAUAAGGAAAAGUUAGGUGCUAAUGCUAUUUUAGGAGUCUCUUUAGCAGUUGCAAAAGCAGGUGCUGCAGCCAAAAAUGUUCCAUUAUAUAGCCAUAUUUCUGAUCUUGCUAACACAAACAAAAACCCGUUUGUUAUACCUACUCCAUUCUUUAAUGUUUUAAAUGGGGGAAUGCAUUCUGGUGGAGCUUUGGCUUUUCAAGAGUUUAUGAUCACACCUCUCGGAGCUCCCUCUUUCUUCGAAGGUGUCAGAUAUGUUAGUGAGGUUUACCAUACUUUAAAGUCAUUAGCAAAAGAAAAGUACGGUUUGUCUGCUGGAAAUGUUGGCGAUGAAGGCGGUGUAGCACCUAACGUGAAUACUCCAAGAGAAGCGUUGGAUUUAAUUGUUACCGCUAUAAAUAAGGCGGGGUACAAAGGCAAAGUUUUUAUUGCUUUAGAUCCCGCAUCCUCAGAAUUUUUCAAAGACGGCAAGUAUGACAUGGAUUUUAAGAAUCCAAAAUCAGACCCAUCUAAAUGCUUAAGUGGUAAGCAGCUAUGCGACUUAUACUUGGAACUUCUCGAUGAAUACCCUAUUGUUUCAUUAGAAGAUCCAUUCUCUGAACUUGAUUGGGAUUCAUGGUCAAAAUACUUUCCGGAUUUAUCUAAGAAAGUACAAAUUGUUGCUGACGAUAUCACCGUAACUAACCCGGAAAUUAUUAAAAAAGGUAUCGAAAAGAAAAUUGCUAAUAGUUUAUUGUUGAAGGUUAACCAAAUUGGUACUCUUAGUGAAUCGAUUGAAGCUGCUAACGAAGCAUAUGCAGCUGGAUGGAGCGUUCAAGUUUCUCACAGAUCUGGAGAAACUGAAGACACAACGAUUGCUGAUAUUACUGUCGGACUAAGAACUGCUCAGUUAAAGAGCGGUGCUUGUGCAAGAUCCGAAAGAUUGGCAAAGUAUAACCAACUUAUUAGGAUAGAAGAAGAACUAGGUGGUAAGGCUAUCUUUGCAGGAAAAAAUUUCCAGAAGUCUUCAUCUAUAUAG